AUGGGAUUUCGUGGCGAAUCAUCGUGGCGACGCGUAGCCUACAAGGUGCUUUCGGACGCCGAGACGCGCGAAGGCUACGACAUCCAUGGCCCCAAGCUCAAGCCAACGUACGACUUGGCCAUCCACUCGGCGCUCGGGAAGCUCAUGCCACUCUUCAUCUCGACCGCGAUCGGGCUCGUCGGCGGCGCCGCGCUCUCGCAAAGCGUCGACUUUGGCCUUGUCGUGAUCUUUGAGCUCUUCUUCACGCUGGCCGCGGGCGCCGGCACGGUUCUCUCGACCGAACACUCGUCCAACCCGAUGAGUAUCUCGGACUUUGGCGUGCUGGGCGGGAUGGGGCUCAGCGCGGGCAAUGUGCUCGGGUACCUCGGGACGCUAUGGACGCUCUUCCUUAUUCGCACGCUUGGCCUCUGA